UCAUCAAUCACACCAUUAAAUUUCUCGCCAAAAAAUGGACCCCAUGAUAAGGAAAUGGAAAAAGAACAAAGAAAACUACCGUCAAAGAGAAUUAAAAAAACAAAAUAAAGCUCAGCAGUCAGCAGAGAGAUCCUUCCUUGCGGGGGUUUCUUCAUUCCUUCUUUCAUGUGCUUCGUCCAAGUCAUGUCACCCGCCGUGUUUCGUGGCAUCAGUAGAAACUAGAAAGGUGGCUGCUUUACAAGUACCCAGAGAGCAAGAACAGGAAGAAGAAGAAGAAGAAGGAAGGAAGAGAGAGAGAGAGAGAGAGAGAGACUGAUAAAUCUUUCCUGGAAGUUUCCUUCAAUCCGGGUUUGACUCAAGAAGUAACCAAGAAGCGUAUCUGGAGGUGCCCAUCUUUGAUGCUGUUAGUCUGAAUUGGAUCUGCUCUUCAAUGCAACUAGUUCUUAGUUUAGGCAGAGUGUCCCGUUCGUCUAUGAAGAUGUGAAGUAUUUUCUGGGUACAGGAAAGAAAAUCGGUCAGACAUCAAAUUUGGAAGCUUUUUGUUGAGAGGGAAAGAUAUCCGGUCUCUAGGUGCCGCCCUAUUCUACAUUCGCCAUUUCCCAAGUUGGGUUCCAUUUAAAGUAUCCAUUCUUAGGGGUUAUCUCCCUUCCUCCAGUGAACACAAAGAGAAAGAAAGAUAGCUCAGGAUUGUCCGGUCUUGUGUAUAUCGUCGCCGUGUGGGGAUCUACAAGGAAUCUCAGAUAGUCAGAUUAGUACUGUAAAUGCUGGUUUCUAUUCCGUCAUCGAGAUUUGCGGGUUCUGAUUUUCAGCUAAGCUGGAGGAACUUGGAAGAAGAAGUUGAGAUUUUGAAGGAACGAAGGUUCAGAUUGUUGCUCUGCGGCGGUGUUGUUGGUCAUAAUGGCAGAAGAAAACGAGCAAGGUGCCGUGGAGAACUCGAAAGAAAUGCGGUCAUUAGCGUUGACUCCCACAUGGUCGGUUGCAACUGUGCUAACAGUCUUUGUGGUUGUUUCCUUGAUCGUGGAGCGCUUAAUCCAUCGCCUGAGUAAUUGGCUGCGGAAAACUAACCGAAAACCUCUGCUUGCUGCUGUGGAGAAAAUGAAAGAAGAGUUGAUGUUGCUUGGGUUCAUAUCACUUUUUCUCACUGCAACCUCAAGCCUAAUUGCUAAUAUUUGCAUCCCAUCAAAGUUCUACAAUAGUCGUUUUGCUCCUUGCACCACGGCUCAGAUUGAUGAAGAAAUGGAAGCGAACUCUUUUUCACAGGGUCGCAAACUAACUACGGUUUCUGGUACCCAUCUCCGUAGGAUUCUGAAUAGUUUGGAUCGGAAUACAUGCCAUGAGGGACAUGAACCAUUUGUGUCGUAUCAAGGCCUUGAACAGUUGCAUCGCUUCAUCUUUGUCAUGGCUAUCACACAUAUAUCUUACAGCUGCCUCACAAUGUUGCUGGCUAUUGUCAAGAUCCAUCGGUGGAGGCUGUGGGAACUUGAGGCUUACAUGGACCGACAUGAUGUGUUAACAGAAAUGACAAGGGAGAAGACUUUUCAAAGGCAAACCAGCUUCAUCGGAUAUACUCCAUCAAGCCCUUUCGCGAAGAGCAGGGUUCUCAUGUGGGUGACGUGUUUCUUUCGGCAAUUUGGGCAUUCAGUUGUUCGGUCAGAUUACCACAUUCUUCGCAGAGGAUUUAUCACGAAUCACCACCUUACUCACAGAUAUGAUUUUCAUGGCUACAUGAUUCGCUCCAUGGAAGAGGAAUUUCAAAGGAUAGUUGGUGUCAGUGGUCCUUUGUGGGGAUUUGUGGUUGCUUUUAUGCUUUUCAAUAUAAAAGGUUCUAAUCUUUACUUCUGGAUAGCUAUCAUUCCGAUAACUCUCGUGCUUCUUGUUGGAGCCAAGCUACAGCAUGUGAUCGCAACUCUGACAUUGGAGAAUGCUGGCAUUUCUGGCUUCUUUGCUGGAAGAGAGCUGAAGCCUCGAGACGAUCUGUUCUGGUUCAAAAAGCCAGAAUUACUGUUAUCGUUGAUCCAUUUUAUUUUAUUCCAGAAUGCAUUUGAGCUGGCUUCAUUCUUUUGGUUCUGGUGGCAAUUUGGAUAUGAUUCCUGUUUUAUAACGAACCAUACACUCGUUUACAUACGACUCAUUCUAGGGUUUGCUGGUCAGUUUCUUUGUAGCUACAGUACAUUGCCUCUGUAUGCUCUAGUCACUCAGAUGGGGACAAAUUACAAGGCAGCAUUAAUCCCACAGAGGAUAAGGGAGACAAUCCAUGGGUGGGGGAAAGCUGCUAGGAGGAGGAAGAGAAGACAUGGAUUCACCGACGACUCCACCAUCCGCACGGACACAAGCACGGUGAUGUCACUCGAGGAUGAAGACGAUCAUCAGUUUCUCGACCCUCCAGCCGACGCGACCCCUCUUCCAGGAAGGAAUGACAAUCACAUAGAGAUGCAGCCAGUUUCUGCUCCUGAUUCCCUCCUAACCAGUCCUCUCGGUCCCGUUCCCAACGAUACUUCGUCCCGAGCUGGCACCCCACUCCUGAGACCUUCCGCCUCCUACAUUGCUUCUCCAGUCGUUUCUCGAGUCAUUGCCGAAGACAGUUUCCCUAGGUCGUCAUCUAUGCCUGCUAGUAGAAGAUAAAUGAAGCAAAAAAGGAUUGUAGCAGGCCAGCCAGUUGUAGAUCAGCAAGGGAGAGUUCGUUCGAAGCUGCUCUUCCCUUCGUUAUCGUGUAGAGGAAUCGAGAUGUUUAUCGGUCGAAUUUGUAUCGCUGUCAUGGGUACAUAAAUACAUACUCAUGAUUUUGCAGCUUGAUUGUAGAUGAAUCUCGUACCUGUUUCUCUGUAUGUGUAUGCAUAUAUAUGUGUAACGAAAAUGGUGCAAAUACAAAGCUCUCUUUCUGAAACUUCCGGCUCGAUUCAUAUUCAUUGAAGUAACAGGAUCAACUAGAACCAUUUCUGUGAUCUGGGAAC